ACUAAAUAAAUAGAAGAUUACGAACAACUACAUCACAAUGCGCAUGCGUUCUUUCAGUGAUCUGUUGAGUUAUUAAGUUAAAUUAAAUCCUUCAUCGUGUUAUUAACAUCAAUGGACGAAUUGCUAGGAUGAGAAUAGCAAUUAUAGGAGCUGGUGCAGCUGGUCUCACAGCUCUAAGACAUAGUUUAGACCAUGGACAUUCCUGUGACGUAUUCGAAAAGACUGGAAGUAUUGGAGGUACUUGGAACUACACUGAUAAAACAGGCAAAGAUGAAUUUGGAUUACCAAUUCACUCAUCUAUGUAUGAAGGCUUGAGCACAAAUCUACCCAAGGAGCUGAUGCAAUUUGAAGACUUUCCUCACAAAAAACCUGAACAUUCUUAUAUAUCACAAACCGAAGUGCUGAACUAUAUUAAUGAGUAUGCUGAGGCUUUCAAUUUACUGCAAUUCAUUAAGUUUUAUCAUCACGUGGAGAAGGUUAUACCUUCUAACGAUAAAAGGUGGAAUCUUGAACUAACCGAUCUCAAAACUCGGGAAAACAUAAAAAAUGAAUACGAUGCUGUUUUUGUGUGUGUUGGUAACUACUCUGUACCUUCUGUUCCCAAACUGGAAGGAAUAACUAGCUUUCAAGGAUCUGUUAUCCAUAGUCACGAUUACAGGAAUCCGAAAUCAUACAAGAACAAAACAGUUUUGAUCAUUGGAUCUGGACCAUCAGGAAUAGAUAUUGCCAAACUUGUAUCUUCUGUGGCAGAUAAGACAAUAUUAUCUCAUAGAAGUGAGUUGCACCCGUCUUGGAAGAUAUCCGAAGAAAUUGCUAUAAAACCUGAAGUACGACAGUUCAAGCCAAGAAGUGUAAUAUUCCAUGAUGCAUCAGAGGAAGAAAUCGAUGAUGUUAUAUUUUGUACAGGUUAUAAAUACUCUUAUCCUUUCCUGUCACCAGAAUGUGGAAUUGAAGUCGAGAACAAUUGGGUGAAAUACUUAUACAAACAUGUUAUAAAUAUCGAACAUCCCACGAUGGCAUUCAUUGGUGUACCUUUCCGAAUAUUUCCUUUUCCAAUAUUUGGAAUACAGGUUAGGUUUUUUCUCUCCUACUUGGAUGGCAACAUAUCAAUAACGAAAGAGGAAAUGAUGGAAGAAGUAAUGGAAUAUAUGAAGAGGAAGCAGCAACUUGGAAUACCCCUCCAUCAGACCCAUCUCCUAGGUCUUUUUCAGGGCGAAUAUAUGGAAGAUAUAGCGGACACUGCCAAAAUAAAAAGAGUUCCUCCAGUUUAUGUCAAGAUGUAUAAGCACGUACAUUCCAGUGGACGACGAAAGGGUGAUAUUUAUAAGAUCAUCAGUGAUGAUGACUUUAUACAAAUAACUGUAUAAUUUUCAAAAUACAUUCAGGACCGGUUUCA